UGUCACAACGUAAAAAGAACAUGGCAUUCAGGAUAUUCGCACUGGCCUCCCUUGUGGUCGCGAUCAUCGGCCUUCCAGACAGCCAACCUACGUACGGUUACCCAGCUCCCACACCCGCUUAUGCACCCGCCAAGUACGACUUUAACUACGCUGUCAACGACCCACCAUCUGGUAACGAUUUCGGACAUCAGGAAGCCCGUGAUGGCGACAGCACACAGGGAUCUUAUUAUGUCCUGCUUCCCGAUGGCCGUCUCCAGAGGGUCACCUACACUGUGAACGGAGACUCUGGUUACGUGGCUGACGUCACCUACGAAGGAGAGGCUCAGUACCCGGCCCCACAAGCCACUUAUGGGCCUCCUCAACCUUCCUAUAGCCCACCCACACCCGCCUAUGCCUAAAAGAAUAUAAUCUAUUUACUGAUACCCAAUCUUUGUAAAUCAUUAUUAAAUAAACUGACUAUAAUAGU